CUAGAGCGGGCUAUUCAGUUUUUACAUCAAGACAGCCCCAGCCUUAUCCAUGGAGACAUCAAGAGUUCUAAUGUGCUUCUGGAUGAGAGACUGAUGCCCAAGCUGGGAGACUUUGGCCUGGCUCGUUUCAGCCGCUUUGCAGGGGCCAAACCAAGCCAGAGCAGUACUGUGGCCCGGACUUGCACAGUUCGAGGUACCCUCGCCUACCUGCCUGAGGAGUACAUCAAGACAGGCCGGCUGGCUGUGGACACCGAUACCUUCAGCUUUGGGGUGGUAAUACUGGAGACCCUUGCUGGUCAGAGGGCUGUGAGGACACAAGGUGCAAAGACCAAGUAUUUGAAAGACCUGAUUGAAGAUGAGGCUGAAGAGGCCAGAGUGGCCCUGAAAAGCACCCAGCCUACUCUGUGGGUGGGUGUAGCCACAGAUGCUUGGGCUGCUCCAAUUGCUGCCCAGAUUUAUAAGAAGCACCUGGACUCCAGACCUGGGCCCUGCCCACCCCAGUUGGGCCUGGGCCUGGCUCAACUAGCUUGCUGCUGCAUGCACCGUCGGGCCAAGAAGAGGCCCCCCAUGACCCAGGUAUACAAGAGACUAGAAGGGCUUCAGGCAGGGCCUCCCUGGGAGCUAGAGGUUGCCGGCCAUGGCUCCCCUUCCCCACAGGAGAACUCCUACAUGUCCACCACUGGCAGUGCCCAGAGUGGGGAUGAACCAUGGCAGCCUCUGGUAGUGACAACAAGAGCCCCAACCCAGGCUGCCCAGCAACUCCAGAGAAGUCCCAACCAGCCAGUGGAAAGUGAUGAGAGUGUUUCCGGCCUCUCUGCUACCGUGCAUUCCUGGCACUUGACUCCAGGUUCACAACCAAGCCCAGCAUCCUUCAGAGAGGCUUGUUGUACUCAGGGAGGCACUACCAGAGAAUCAAGUUUGAGGAGUAGCCCAGGCUUCCAGCCUACAACCAUGGAAGGCUCAUCUACAGUCACCUCAUCCCUGCUGUCAUCAAAACCACCACAGAUCAUCAUCAACCCAGCCCGACAGAAGAUGGUAGAAAAGCUGGCCCUUUAUGAGGAAGGAGUCUUGGAUAGCCUGCAACUGCUGUCAUCAGGCUUUUUCCCAGGCUUGGAUUUAGAACCUGAAAAGAGACAGGGACCUGAAGAAAGUGAUGAAUUCCAGAGCUGAUUUGUUCACCCAGACAAAUCCCUCAGACUCAGAUGUCAAAGUUCUCAUGGUUGGAAGUUCUCACGUGUGCAAACUCCUCAGUAGCCCAAAGGCAUCAGGUGGCAAAGGAGAGAGGGUGGUGGACCCUGCUGUUCUCAGAAUAUGAGCACAGACAGGGCCAGCUGAAGAACCUGAUAGAACCUGAUAAGGCAGACAAUGUCAGGCCAGCAUUUCUGAGCAAGGCAAGCAGAGCACCUAAGGGAUUGGGUAGUACAUAACAGAAGACUGCUAGCUACACAGGCCCAAGGAUACAAGUGGGUCUAUUUGUAUAGUGGGAGCUGGCUCCCCUGAGAGCUAGACAAGAUAUCCACAGCCUAGCUGUGAUCUAUUCCUCUGAACUUCCCUAGAACCCCAGGAGAAAGUAGCUAUUGUGCUUGUAAAUUGCAUAUGGUGUGUGUGUGUGUGUGUGUGUGUGUGUGUGUGUGUCUUUCAGUUCAGUCCACUAGCUAGAAGUGAGCACUCUGAGAUUCUCCCAAGAGUCUAGUAAAACCCGCCCCAUCUUGGGUGGAUAUAUGCAAGCCUUGCUAGAUACCAGUGAGCUAGUUUCAUAUGUCUACUGCCUGCCUAGGCAGGCUGACUCUAUACCCUGCAAAUUGACUGUGGAUGCCCAUGUUGAGCUGUAGACUAAGGUUCUGCUUAUGGCAGAAAGGUUCAGCAAAGCACAGCUUUGUGGUACCCAGACAGUGAGAAGCCCCAAGAAAGCAGAAACUGAGCAAAGCUAAGUAUUUGAGGAGAGAGGAAUGUUACAUCUUAAGAAACAAGUUUUUGUGUAACCAAGUGUCUUCACAAGUAACCCAGGGUUAUAGCCCAGGCUUACAGUGAUUCUGUGUUCGAGUCAUGAGUCACACUACAUGCCCCUGUGAAAUUGGUGGCAUCCAAUUUGUCCUUGAGUAAUAAAAGCAUACAUUUCA